AUGCUCCUCGUGACACAUUUUAAUGCAUUUACGCAACUUAUCAUAGACACAGUUGUACUUAAGGCCCGUCAGCCAACAGAGCAUCUCGUAGACGUUGCAGGGCGCCCUGGUGGCGGAGUAAGCUGCGUAGUGGCACGCCUUGUAGUAGUCGUUGAGACAUUCGAGGAGAAUGCCGAGCGCGUUUUUGGCGUGCCUGUGGGAGUUGAAGACGCGGCUGUGAUCGCCGACGAGGAGCACGGUAAUUCCCUUACCGGUCACGUGUCUGUUCAACUCGCCGUCCUGCUCGCCGUAGUCUGGGACUCUGUAGCCCAUCUCGGCGAGGAGUCUGCCGAGCUCGGCGGCGAAGGCACUGAGCCCGUCCGUCACGCCGUCUAUCACAGCCGUGCUUGGCCUGGCGAAGCACUCCGGCCUGAGGCCGGCGAGUGCCUUGUCAAGCGCGUCAAGCAGACCACGGACCUCAUGGCCGUAGCGUUGCGCACCGGUUAUGUGGGUGAGCAGAGCGCUGAGCGCCGUGUGAACUGCACUAAGUCUGUCAGCGUAGUGAUCCUGGGACUCGGGCAGCAGAGGAUUUUUAUCCCCCUCACGCUCCCUGUGCUCCCUCCUGAUCUCGUUGCCCAGAUACUCGUUGAGCGGCGCGUAGAAAGCGUGGAACGCGGAGGACAAUGCUUGAAUUUCCUUCUCUUCCAUCACGCUUUCGAGGUUAUCAAAAUGUCCGUACACGUAUUUCAUGAAGCCCUUGAAGCCCACGAAGAGAUCCCUGUUUAUCUCGCCGGGCAGCUCCUCCAGCUCGCUCUCCGCCUUUAA